AUGAGCCAAUAUGGACCACCAUCAAAUGGUGCAGCAUUUCCACGUAAUGUCUUACCACCAUUUCGUGGUCCUCCUCAAGCUUUUCCACGUGGUGGUCCACCUCCUUUUCGUCCACAUCUUGCAGCUCGAGGACCACCGCCACCAUUUCCGUUUCGAGGACCUCCACCGGUUUUUCAAGGACGUGGACUCCUUCCUGUACAUGGUCCCCCAUGUCCUGGAAUCGCACGACCACCUCGAAGACUUACAAUUCCAUCAUCGAUGAUGACUACACCAGGAUAUCCAUCUCCAUUAUCACCUGCUAUACCUAGUUCCGUUCUACCUCAAGGAUGGAGUGAAUUUAGAUCGCCUCAGGGAGUUACGUACUAUCAUAAUGCGUCUACAGGUGUGAGUACAUAUGACAAGCCAACUCUAGUUGAGACGGAGAAGAAUCGACCCAAGUGGAUAGAAUACAAGGAUGAAGCGACGGGUGCUUUUUACUAUUUUAAUACAGUGACCAAGGAGACGGUGUGGGACCAACCCGAGGGUUUUCGAAUGCAAAAAGCAAGAGAACAAGUAGCCAAGAUGACGAGUGAAACAAUGCAAACUACUCCAUCAUAUCCGUCACAGAUGCAGGUUCCACCCCAAGUGAUACAGGAUACUGAACAGAAUAGCAGCGCCCCGGUAGAAAAACACGAGGAGGUAGAUGAAGAAGAGGUUAGACGACAGGAAACACUAGAGAAGGCUCGGAAGCAGCGGAAAGAGGAACAGGAGCGUGAACAGGCUGCACAGUUUGAGCAUAUGCAAUUUGCUGAACGUAUGACUACAUUCAAGCAGUUUCUUGAGGACAAACAGAUCAUGCCGACACUCAAGUGGGGCGACGCGCAGCGUGAAAAGAAACAGGCGUUUGCUGAGUACUGUACGCAGGCGAAGAACCGUGCAACUAUUGAGAAACGUCGGCUAGUCAAAAAGACACGGGAGGAGUUCAUCGAGUUGCUGGGUUUGUUUGAAUCGAGCCUGGCUCCGCCAUCGCGGCGUCGGCAGGUUUCGUGGGAAGAACUUGCAGCGAGUGAUAGUUUUUACGCCUUGCGGAAGGAUCCACGGUGGUCUGCUGUUGAAGAGAUCCGAGAGCGGCAACAGCUAUUUGCCACAUUUAUGCAGGAUUUGGAGCGUAACCAGAAGGCUCGUCUCGCAAGACAGCGUGAUAGUUUGCAGAGGGCAUUUAUGGAACUAUUGCGGCAGCGCGCUGACUCGAAGCAGCUGGAGUUUGGUGGCAGUCGAGCGAGUAAGCGGCUUGAUGCCGACACUAAGCGGCGUGUCCUUGAUCUGCUGCAGGAUGUUGAACUUUCGGGUGGCAGUGGCAGAGUUGGUGAGGAUGCGCUUCGGAUUGUUGACCGACAUGAUGUGUAUAACUGGGCUGAGGAUUUCUUGCACGAACGCCGCGAACUGGAGCAUGCAAAACGCAAGCGUGAGCGUGCGGACCGUGUAGAGCGUCAAGAGAAGAUGAGUCGCGAGUUGAAUGAUCGAUUCAAAGAGUUUAUAGCUGUGCAGAAGCUGACAGUUGGAAGCACGUGGGAGGAGUUUUCGGCUGAGCAUUUAAAACAUGCCAGUGAAGAACAGACUAGAGAAUUACAUAGUGAAGCGAAUGGUGGUACUGGAGCAGGUGGAGAUGAUGAAGGAAACGAAGGAACAGACGAUAAACACUUGCACUGGAAAGCACAACGUCGUAUUUUUGAGAAAUACACUCGCCGACUUCGUAGGAACCUGGAACCCGCAGCGUCGGCGGUUCGCAAGUACUUGGAUCGCAGUGGUGAUCCGCCAUUACGCGUGAGUGAAAGCACGUCGUACACAGUAUUUAUCGAUGCUCUUAAGGAUGGUGUAGGCAUCGCACUCGAUAACAAAGCGCCGGAGGAGGGUGAAGAAGACGUGAGCGAAGAGACUAGCGACGCUAGGAAAGGUACUUUAGAGGAUCCUGAUGAUGGUUUUGCGAUUGGGGAGAUUGAAGAAGUGCAAAAGUUAAAAUCUGAAGAAAUUGAUGCAGCUUUGGAGACUGCAGUUAAGAAGCACCGAGAAAUGGAGGACAACGAUGCGAUAGUCGAAUUUCCUGUGUUUGUACGUCAAGUGUAUGAAAUGUGGAUUGCUGUGGAAAAAGAAGAAUGCAGUAGAGAGAAGGAGAAGAAGCUUCAGCAUCGAAAGCGAAGCCGCAAGGAAAGUCGCAACUUGGCUGUCGAGGAUGAUGGUGACGAAGAUCACCCUUGUCGUCCACAUCGUCGUUCGUCCGCGACGGAGGAAUUGGAGAGUGACGAGAACCAUAAAAAACGUCGUAGCCAUCGGUCAUUAAAGAAACGGCAUCGUAGUCACGGUUCGCCGUCUGUUUCGCGUUCCAAGUCUCGAUCUCGUUCGGUGUCUCGACAUGAAUCUUCAAGUCAUAAGCGGCGAUCACGAUCUCGUAAUCAUGUGGGUACACUACCUUCGAGCUUAGUUCCUCCUGUGAGUUUUAAGGCUAGUGUCGAUACGUCUACGGCAGCGACUACGUAUUCUCUACUUCAAUUACCCUUGAAACCAUUGUCUGAAGCAGAAGAAGCAGCCAAGGCGGAAGAAGUUAUUCGUCAGGCACGAUUGAAACUGCAAGUAAAGAAGGACAAGAUUCAUCCUCAUGACAGUGAACUUGAAGAAGGUGAAGAACUUGAAGAAGGCGAAGAACAAGUCAAUGAAUAG